AUGUCUGCACAAGAUGUUUCCUCUUUACGAGUGAAACUUGAUCGUUUGAUGGAGGGAAAGAAACAUUCACAAUCUUCUUUAAAAGUUGUUGUGUUUUUAUAUCGGAAUCGAGAGAAUCAUGCUUUAUUGUUUCGAGAUGAAAAGGAGGAAGAACAAGUCCUAAGUAAGGCUUUCAACGGCUUGAAUGACAAUACGGUGCACCAUCCUCUUCCUUACCAUACUCUGCCCGAUGUACUGUAUAAAAGAUAUCAAGGAUUGAGACAAUAUGCAUCACGCCAUCCCGACAUGUUCUCAUCAACGGUUAAUUUAAGGAAAAAUUUCUCUCAAUUUUCAUAUCAAGUUGUGGAAUCUUCCACCAUCCCUAAAACCAUUGAUGAUCGAGGAAAUGAUGUAGUCGAUAUUUAUGAGGAAUAUUUGGAGGAUGAAGAUACAUGGAUUUCGGAUGAAAUAACCUUUCAUGAACAUGAACAAAAUCAACAAAUGAAUAAGUCUAUUGAAACUAAUUCUCUUCCUCUGUUGGAGGAUCCAAUUGUAAAGGAGUAUUCCGAAUUUUUAGACGAAGAUUUCAAUGUACCAACAUCUAUUGCAGAAGAAAAGAACACUAUUGAAUCCAAUAAUCAUAAAUAUGAGAACGAUGAGGAUGAGUUCUUGGAUGAAAAAGAAAUCAUUGCUUCUUUGGAAACAGAGAGUACGAAUAGCGGUGUUUCAACAAGGUUGACAACCAAAAAAGACGAAAAAAAUGUAAUAGCAAGUGAAGAGGAAGAAGGAUCAAGUGAAUUUCAAAUUUUCACAAUUUCUCCAGAAGAUUUUAACGGCAAUUUUGAUGAUGAUGACUAUGUGGACUUCGGAAAUGUGGCAAUGAGAAUGCAAGAAAACACUGAUAGUGCAAAUGAUAAUUUUGUGGAGCAACACACGGAGCAAAGCCAAAAUCGUGUGACGGCAGAGCUACCAUCGGAAUAUAAAUCGAGCGAGUCAAAUGCAAUAUCUGGCUCCACUCAAUCCAUCAUGAUGCCUACUGAUUCUUCUUCUCCCGAGAAUGAACAUCCAAUGGAAAUAUUGGAUUCACCAAAAGAUCAUUCCGAAAUUGCUUUCAUUACUGACGGUACUGCUGUAGCCAACAAUUUUAACGGAGUUGUUUUUGAUGAUACACAAAUAGAGGCAAAGAACGAAACAACAGAACAGCCAUCAAUAGAAAACACUCCAUUUAUUACUGACACAAGCUUGCUAAAUGAGAACAGCCAAGAAUGGACAGAUUUUCAGGAAGGUUAUCCAGAAAAUCAAGAAGAAAAUUUACUUUCCAGUUCAAACAGCCUUGUGGGAUUGGCUAUUAGAAAACAUAAAAAGCGAAGUAGCCGUAAAAAGAAGAUGUCUAUAAUUGAGAAUAAUAAGGAGGUUAAAACAAGUGAGCACACCGAUAGCAGCACCAUAAUCAACAAUGAGAAUGAUCUCGGAGGAAAUGAUGAAAAAGAAGUUGCACUUGACACUUUGGACGUUUCCUCAUCGAUUCAUCUCACAAACAAUGAAGAAGUGUCAGUUCAGCUAUCAUCUUUAGAAGAAUUUUUACAAGAGGAUGCAACAAUGAUUACUGAGCUAGCUGCCGUGAAAAGUUCAAACUUUAACACGGCACUUUUUUCUCAAACUCACCAACCAUAUUUAGAGACAUCUCCUGCAAGACAAAAUACAUCUCAGGACACCCCUACUGUACCAUAUGUCCAAAGAAAUGAAAAGCCUUCCUCAAAUGAGCGUCUUCUUGCAUAUCCAUCCGGGUGGGAAGAACCUUUCAAAUUUCUACACACCGAAAAACCUCUACUGGCUCACCCAUUGUUGGAUAAAUUAAGGAGAACGGUUAUUGACAUGAUUUCGACGGCGCUUACUCAAACGAACACAUCGCCCUCUCGAGAAAAUAUAACAACCAAUGCUAUGAUCGUCAUAGAUAGAACUUCAAGUUUUAUGAAACCAUUAAUACAUUCGAUAUAUGCCAUUUUGUUAAACAGACCCAAGAGCACUCUUUUCAAAGGAGAGCGAGAUUUGUGUGGAAUUUUUUCGAAAUUACCUUGUUUGAAAAAAGACAACGUCAUGCAAGAGUUUCUCUCAUUUAAGGAAGUUAGAAUAUUACAAGACCAGAAAAAACUCAAAGAAAGGGACUUGCUUCUAAUUGAAUAUUUACUUCAGAAGAAAAUGCUGGCAUAUUGUACCUUUGAAUUGGUGAGCACAUCCACACUCCUGUCAGAAUCUUACGAGGUCACCUCUCUUCUUCACGAUAACGAAUAUGCUAGACCAUUUUUUGCCUUAUUGAAUUUGCUAAAGAAGCAUGUCAUCUUUGAACUGAGAUUUGAAUUUGAUGAGGCUGCAAAAAACGCUGCUGAAGAUUAUGAACUGGUCACAACACUCCAACGGAAUACCAAAACACUAUUGCAUUACAUUGUGGAAGUUGGAAAGUCUGAGAAUUUAUCUGUGGAAAUUGUUACCGAUGAAUCCAAAAACCAUAACAUGGGAAGAGUAGUGAGAACUCUAAUCAUUCAUACUCUAAAAACCAUAUUGUCUGACAAACUUGUAUCAGAGACUAAAUGGUUGAGUAGUGGAAAUUUUGUGAGCCAUCCAUGGCAAUUGAUUGUUGUUUGCGCUCAAGGACCCUUAUCCAAAGUUGGAGUCAACUUGAAAACAGGCUAUUCUUUUCAGAAUAUUGUUCUUACCAUUGAUUCCCUCGUAAAGAGAAAGAACCAGACCAAAAUUCAACUCAUGGACGACAAAUUCUUCUCAUUUGUUAUCUAUUGUUUGAAUUAUCAAAUUCUUUUCGAGGCCAUGAAAUUUAUUUUCAAGAACAUUGUCAUAUUAGAGAAGCACUUUAUGCCACAAUCAGUCAUACUCAACAUUCAGGCACAAGAGAAGAUACUCUCGUGUUUGCAAUCACUCUCUAAAAUUCGGUUUACUUUGAAUUUUUAUUAA